AGUAAAUGUGAUUUCUUUCGUUUGAGGAACGAAUUAGACAGAAAUCAAUUUCUACUUGGUAAUAAUAAUGAGUGGAUUAUUCCGGAUAUUUAAAGUUUUCAAUUCGAAUACCUGUUCAGGUAUGUUCAGUCAUGCGGUUCUAUAGAACCGGUUUUUCAAGAUAUAGUGAGUUAAAGCCAGUUUAGGACGACACGUAGAGCUGAGAACACGGUUUAAAUCAUGCAGAGUGACCAAGACUUUACGGGCGGGGCUCAAUCAGACCAAAUGCUUCAGGUUAUCUUAAAUAAGAUGAACGAACAGAAAGCUGAUAUGGAACGAACCAUGGCAGGUCAAUUAGAGCAGUUUAAACAAGAAUUACAUGGAGCCACGUCUUCUGUGUCGACUGAAGUUAAGAAGUUGAAAAGUGAUCAGGGUGUUACCUGGAAAAAUUCAGGCAGCCAUUUCGUGGAUCAGCGCCCUUCCAGUUCGGAUUCCCAUUCCCCGGAGCUCCGGGACCAAGGUUCCCCUUUGGAUGUUUCCAUUGUGGAAAAGCAAACCACCAAAGGAAAGAUUGCCCUGAGCUUAAACAGAGCAAGUAAUACGGAAAGAGAAUUUGAUCUUGUGGAAGAUAAGUAUUUAACUGAAAAUAUCUAUUUUGAUAGUUCACAUUUUAGUGAAUGUUAUGAAUACAAAGAGAAUGGCAAAGUUUGUGUUAGAGGUCGAUUAAAGGAUCAUAUCCUAUUUUGGAAAAAUAUUGAUACAUGCAAAUUUAUUCUUGAUACCAUUGAAUUUGGUUACAAAAUACCAUUUUAUUCUUUACCACAGGCUAGAUUUUCUAAGAACAAUAAGUCUGCUUUACAGGAGGACGAAUUUGUACGAGGUGCAAUUGAAGACCUUCUAGAUAAUGGUUUGAUUUCAGAGGAGCAUGAAGUACCUUUCGUUACUAAUCCUCUUUCAGUUUCAGUGAAUUCAGGUGGUAAAAGAAGACUUAUUUUAGAUUUGAGAGAAGUUAAUAAACAUGUUUGGAAACAAUCAGUCAAAUAUGAUGAUUUAAGAACAGCUUUGUUAUAUGUAAAUAAAAAUAGCUGGUGCUUUAAGUUUGAUAUCACUAGUGCAUAUCAUCAUAUAGAUAUUUUUCCAGAUCAUAGAAAAUUUUUAGGAUUUUCUUGGAAUUUUGAUGGCAUUACUCGUUAUUUUCAGUUCAAUGUUUUACCUUUUGGUCUUACCUCUGCACCAUAUAUCUUUACUAAGCUUACUAGGUCAUUGAUCAGGAAAUGGCGCAGUGAAGGAAAGACCAUUUUGAUGUAUUUGGAUGAUGGGUUUGGCUGUCAUUGUGAGUAUGAAAAAGCUUGUGAAAUGUCCAGACAAGUUCAUGCAGAUAUCGUUUCAUCAGGGUUUGUACCUAAGGCGGAAAAAUCUAUGUGGGUACCUUGUCAAAUUAUAGAAUUUUUAGGAAUAUGUCUGAAUUGUGAACAGGGCACUAUUCACGUCCCUACACGUAGAUUAGAAAAAGUUUCAGAUACUAUUCUAAAAAUUGAAUACUUUUUGAGUAGAAAUUUACCAGUAAAGGUAAGACGUAUAGCUAGUCUUGUUGGUCAGAUAAUUUCAAUGUCUGUCGUUAUUGGUAAUAUUUCCCAGCUUAUGACAAGGUCUCUUAGUAUUGACAUUUUAUCUGCUACAUUUUGGAACAGUAUGAUAUAUUUGUCUGAAGAGAGUUUAAAUCAAAUUUUAUUUUGGAAGAAUACAUUAGAAAAAAUCAAUGACAGAGAAAUGAAGUAUAUUUCAGGUUCUAGCCGCAUAGUAUAUACUGACGCCAGUGAGACGGGCUAUGGUGGAUAUUGUGUGCAGACAGGAAACGCUGUUUCCCAUGGUUUAUGGGAAGAAAGUGAGAGGAAUAAUAGUUCCACAUGGAGAGAAUUAGUAGCUGUAGAGAGAGUUUUGUUUUCAUUGAUAUCCUUUUUAGAGGGAGAGAAUGUUAAAUGGUUUACAGACAAUACUAAUGUUGUAACUAUUAUAAGAAAGGGGAGUAUGAAAAAAGAGCUACAGAAAAUUGCAAUUAAGAUUUUUGAAUUAUGUUUAAUACAUAAGAUUCAGUUAGAAAUAGAAUGGAUUCCCCGAGAGUUGAAUGAUCAAGCAGAUUAUUUAAGUCGUAUUGUAGAUUUUGAUGAUUGGGGAAUAAGUCAAGUUUUAUUUGAAGACAUUUCUCGAGAGUGGGGUCCUUACGACAUAGAUUUGUUUGCCUCUGAUUAUAAUGCAAAAGUUGAAAAAUUUUGUUCCAGAUAUUGGAAUCCAUUUUCUUUUGCAGUGGAUGCCUUUACGCUAAACUGGGCAGGUUGGAAUGCUUGGAUAGUUCCUCCUAUAUAUUUAAUACCUAGAGUGUUAGAUUACUUAUUAAAAUGCAGGGGAUGUGGUACGUUGAUAGCUCCUUUUUGGGAAUCGUCGGCAUUUUGGCCUAUUUUAAUUUCAGAUGUUUUCAAAGCAUAUAUUGUAGAUUGGAGAGACCUUCCUGUUGAGAAAGAGUUUUACACUUCUGGGAAGUUGAAGUCUGGCAUGUUUGGCCAAGAAGAUUUGAAAUUUAGAAUGCUUGCAAUUUUGUUGGAUUUUAGAGAUUGAUUUUCAAUUAAUGAAAUUUUUCACGCAGUUUAUGUGUAUUUAGAUUGCAAAUAUUUGCAUGGUCCACUUGGCUAUUUAGCAUAAAGUUGGAAUCAAUUUUAAAUUUAAAAUUUUUGUGAGUUUGUACGCAUUUAUUUCAUUUAAAUUGCUUUUACUUAAUUGCGUAUUUUAUGCGCAAAGUUUUUGGAUUUAAUAUUUUGAAUUAAAUUUGAAGUUGAUCGAUCAUUUGAUCUUUUGCACUUUGUGUGCGCAAGCCAUUUGGCUUUGAUUUUGUUAUCAAUUUUUGGAAAUUGAUACUGAUGUCGUUUUGACAUGAUUUCAGUUUAUCUAAAUAUGAUUUUGUUUGAUUAUAUUAUGAAUAAUACCUUUUUGGUAA